AUGGCUGCGCCGGUAGAUCCAGCGACGAGGAAGAAGGUGUUGAAAGUGGUCUUUUUUUCACUAUUAUUAGAUUUGAUCUCAUUCACAUUCAUAUUACCUUUAUUUCCCAAGCUGUUAGAGUUCUAUAGGAAUCUCGAGGCGCCAACUACCUUUUCCUCGUCAUCCGAGUCUCCUACACUCCUCGCGCAUAUUCUUACAUAUCUUAAUACAUUCAAAGCAUCAUUCGCGAAACCGAUCGACUCUCGAUAUGAUAUCGUAUUAUUGGGCGGAGCUCUUGGGAGUUUAUUCUCUCUCCUCCAAGCACUCGCAUCCCCCAUAAUCGGCACGCUCUCUGAUAAAUAUGGUCGUCGCACAGCUCUCCUUGCCAGCAUGACUGGUAAUAUCCUCAGUGUGCUCCUCUGGGUCUGUGCCACCGAUUUCCGUACCUUCCUCCUCUCGCGCGUCGUAGGCGGUCUUUCAGAAGGCAAUGUACAACUCGCAAUUGCAAUCGCGGCAGAUGUUUCAGAUGAAAAACAACGGGGAGCAACAAUGGCAUUGGUGGGAAUAUGUUUUAGCAUAAGCUUUACAUUUGGGCCUGCGUUGGGUGCUUGGCUUAGUACAAUUAGUACGGUGCAGGCAAACCCUUUUGCUACUGCGGCUGGGUUUUCGUUGUUUUUGAUUGUGACGGAAACACUCUAUUUGUAUAUGUGUUUGCCAGAGACACUGCCUAGUAAGGUUGCGCAGGUCAAGUUAAACGGGGAACCGACUGCAACGAAUGGGAUUACGAAAAUUACUGGUUCUUCUGCAGAGAAGACUCAAGCUAAAAUGGUAUCGGCGAGCAGUGAUGGGGUGAAGAAACAAGGGAGAACAAAUUCGCACUUCUUACUCAACCUCACUCACCUUUCCUUCAUACUAUUCUUCUCGGGCAUGGAAUUUUCUCUUCCCUUUAUGACAUACGAUCUGUUCGGCUACACAUCCGCACUCAAUGGUCGUCUUCUAGGAUACAUGGGACUAGUAGCCUCCAUCCUUCAAGGAGGCGUGACUCGACGACUUCCCCCUCUACUUUCGGUUCGCAUAGGUGUAGUGUCAUGUCUCGGCGCACUGUUCCUCCUUGCCCGCAUCAAUACCAUAUCAGGUCUCUACCUAGCAUCUACUCUCCUCGCCAUCACAACUGCAACCGUAGUCACCGGUCUCAACGCCCUCAGUUCAUUUGAAGCAGGCGAGGAUGAAAGGGGUGGAAAGCUUGGCAAUUUGCGUAGUUGGGGUCAGCUGGGAAGAGGAAUUGGUCCAUUGUUAUUCACGAGUGUUUAUUGGUGGGCAGGGAGAGAAGUCGCUUAUAGUAUUGGGGGUGUGGGUCUCAUUGGAGUAGCGAUGUUGGUCACUUUUGGAUUAGAGACUCCGGGAGGAAAGCAGGGGAAGAGGAUUGGUGAUGUUAAGAUUGAGGUGGGGGAUUUGUAG